AUGAGGAUCAUCUUAGGGAGCAGGGUGGAGGCGUGGUACGGGAAGAACCCGCCGAUGGGAGGGUGGCGCCUCGGCGAGGUGGUGUGGGGCAACGGCCACCAGUACAACAUCCGGUGGGACGGCACCGACGUCGUCUCCGGCCGCAUCCGGAGGGUCUCGGUCCGCCCGCCGCCGCCGUGCCUCGAGAUCCCCGCCGACCUCGAGGCCGGAGACCUGGUGGAGGUGUUCGACGAGUGCGUGUGGAAGCUGGCCGAGUUCGUGCGCUCGCGGCGCCCGGGCGACGCCGCCGGCGAGUUCACCGUCAAGAUCUUCGCCAAGCCCAACGCCGUCACGGUGCCGCGCAGCAAGGUCCGCGUCCGCCAGGUGCUGACGCCUGGCGACAUCUGGGUCGCCACCUACAGAGACGAGCAGAUCCCUGGCGCGAGGGAGCCGACGGCGCGCCCACUCGCCGCAAAGCGCAACGCCGGAAACUCCGUCUCUGCCGCCGGGAACCGCGGCCCCGGUCAGUUCGUCCCGCCGCCCGCCGCUUCCCAAUGGGCCAAGAUCAAGAGGAGCCGCAACACGGUGAACUGCGACGCCUCCAGCGAGGUCCGGAGGGUCGAGACCAACUCGAAGAGGAUCCGCGCCAUGGAAGAAGAGGAGGAAGAGCUAUUCCUAGGGUACAACAACAUGGAGGUUGAGGUGAUCAACGUAAACGAACCCCUUGCCGCGUUCGCCAACAAGCAGCCGGAGAUGGACGGCGAUGUCGGCGGCGACGCGGCUGGCUGCAGGGGCGGCGACCGCAAGAACGACGACGCCAAGUCCGUCUCGUCCGGCGGCAGCAGCAGCAGCAGCGGCAGCGGCAGCAAUAGCAGCAGAAGCAGUGACAGCGACGGCAGCAGCGAUAGCGAUAGCGACAGUGACAGCGACGGCAGCAGCGAUAGCGACAGCGGCGACCGCGCCGCGGCUGCCAGGAGCCCACCGGCGGCAGACGCCCAAGAGGCGAACCAGCCGCCACCGCAACCGCAAGGUCCGGAGCACAUCAAAGAAGAGCGCGCCGACGACGGGACGGAGUCGCGCGCCAGCGCAAUGCACCGGCGCCAGGGCUUUGAGCGACCGUCGCCGGCGGCGGCCGACCAAAUCCACCGCCUGGAGCUGGACGCCUACGCCUCAGUGAUGAGGGUGUUCCACGCCACCGGCGCGCUGACAUGGGAGAAGGAAGAGCUGCUGACACAUCUCCGGCUGCUGCUCCACAUCUCCGGCGACGAUCACCUGCAGCUGAUACGGGCCCUCAGCGGCAGUAGCUAGCAGACCUCCAAAGCCUGAGAAUUAACGUUGAAGCUUGAAACCGUCGUAAGGCAUCAAUCAAGCAUUGCAGAUCCUGAGUAUUGUCUAUGGUUCUACUUCUGCGUGCAUAUUUCCAUGUGCUGACAGGUCGGGAACCAUUCUUGGGGAUGUCCCCAGAUAUCAUGCAAAUAGCUGCAGCAGUUGUAAAAACAAGUUAGAAGUUCUGAGAAAAAAAAUUGAGAAUAGGGAUAAUAUAGGUUUUUGACUCACCAGCUUCCUGGGUUUUUCAUUUUAUUGAGCCCACUCGUCUCCAUGUAUGUAUGUAUGUAUAUA